AUGGAGAAACCCACGCUCAAGGCCCGUAUUGAUGGUUGUUUUACUUUUUUAUAUGAUUCCAGCAAAGGGACAGUUCUUGGCAGAGGUCCUAGAAGCUGGUGUGAGAUCACAGUGUUCUAUAUAAUAUUCUUUGCAUGCCUGGCUGGAUUCUUUGCCGCCACAAUUGCAGGAUUUUACCAGACUAUAGAAGAACAUCAGCCUAGGUUACAGGGGACCAGCAGUAUAUUAAGGGCAAAUCCUGGAAUGGGCUAUGAGCCAAUGCCAGAUAUGGACACAACUUUGAUAUAUGCCAGAAAGAUAGAGAAAGAAAGACAAGCCUAUGUUGAUAGUAUCAACAAAGUCCUGAAAGCAUACAACACAACUGGCCUGGUGAGUACAGACUGCACUGGUAUCAAUGAAACCCGCUUGGAUGCAAAAGUUCCCUGCCGGGUGAACUUCACUGCCCUGACUGAAGGCUGUAAUGAAGCUAAUGCCUAUGGGAUGCUGGAAGCCAAGCCUUGCGUGCUGCUGAAGCUGAACAAAAUUUAUAACUGGAUACCAGCUGUGUGGGAUGUCGAAGAAGCUCAGACAGCAUCAGCUGUCCCGGAAUACAUCAAGAAGAAGUACACUAACGACAGAAUAUGGGUCGACUGUCACGGAGAGAAUCCCGCUGAUGACGACAACCUGGGACUAGAUGCAAUCACCUAUUACCCCCAGCAGGGUUUCCCUCUAGCAUUCUACCCAUACAUGAACCAGAAGGACUACCGCUCUCCACUGAUGUUUGUCAAAUUCAACAAUGUCACCAACCACUUGGGUCUUAUGAUUGAAUGUAAAGCACUGGCCAAGAACAUUGUUGUGGAUAGAACUGACAAGGAAGGCGGCGUCCACUUUGAGCUACUAAUUGAUCCUUGA